GACCGCGGGGAAGAUGGCGGCGGCCGUGGCGGGCCCACGUGGGCGCGGGGCCGCGGACACGGACACGGACAGCGGUUCUGAGUUAAGCUCAGAACUUCCAGAAGACAGUUAUUCUUCAGGAGGUGAAGCCUUGGAUGGUGAUGAUGAAGAUGAAGCAGCAGCCCCUGGCAACGUGGCUGAAAAGGCAGCAACAAGCUCCAAAGAUGGCCCAAGUUCAGGAUGGGCAGAUGCCAUGGCAAAAGUGCUCAACAAAAAGAUUCCACAGAAUAAGUCCACCAUCUUGGCCAAGAAUAAAAGCCUGGAGAAGGAGAGAGAGAAAAAAAAACAGGAGAGGCAAGAAAAGAAGAUGAGGCUCGAUAAAAAGCGGGAAUGGGAAAUGAUGUGCCGAGUGAAGCCAGAUGUUGUCAAAGACCGAGAGAAGGAAAGAAAUCUUCAGAGAAUUGCCACAAGAGGUGUUGUGCAAUUAUUCAACGCUGUCAGGACGCACCAGAAGAAAAUGGAAGAGGAGGUGAAGAAAGCUGGGAGCUCUGAGAGGAAACGUGCUAAACUGAUGUCUUCUGUUUCCAAGGGAGAUUUCAUUGAUGUUCUGAGAAACAUGGAUGGGGCUAAAGGAGCCAAGAAUCCUGCUGGAAAGGCCACUAAAAGUAAACAGGGUGAAGUGAAGUCUGAAGAGGGGCCAGAAUGGAAUAUACUGCGUGAUGACUUCAUGAUGGGAGCAUCUAUGAAGGACUGGGACAAGGAAAGUGAUGGAGAGGGCAACAAUGAAGAAAGAGAUGGUCUUAAACAAGAAGAAGACAGUGACUGAAUGAAACUGAAAACCAUUCAAGAUAAUGUUUUAUCUUCUUAAGUUUGUUUGGAUAAAAAGUCAGCAUUCUAUGAAUGUACAACACUUGGAGGAUACCUCUUUUAAAAAAGAAAAAAAAAAGACUUACACAACCUUGGAGUGUUUUCUCCUCCAUGUCAAACUUUUAUUUAAUAUAGUUCUAUUUGCUAUACUGAAAUCCUGAAAUAUUUUCCAAAACAAGUAUAAUUUUCAACAUAUUUCCAAAACAUUUUGUGCAGUCAAAAUAGUGGCACUUGCCCAAUGAAAGAUAGAUUUUGCCAAGGUCAUUAAAAGUUUACACAUUAGUCAUGGCAAUUGAUGUAUUAGUGUGCCUGCAUUUCCAAAUCGCUGCUGCACUUUGAAAAAUUGUUGCAAUUUGCAAUAGAAAUGGCUUACAAUAAACACAGAAAUGCUGUCACCUUGUAAAGUUAUUGGACUCCUAUAGAGUCUUUACUACUUUGGCCAGAAAAGGUUCUGUAGAUAAUGAAGGAAAGUAACCAUUAAUGUGAUAGUUCUGGUCUUGGAACAUAAGUUUGAUUGGAGACAGCUCUGGAAACAGAAUUGUAAAGGCAGAGAUUUGACCCUACUGAUAGGGUUUAGUAUUUAUAUAUGUGUGUAUAUAUAUAUAUAUAUAUAUAUAUGUAUAUAUAUAUAUAUAUAUAUAGUUUUUCCAUUGCAAGUCUGAGAUUGUAUAAGCUAAGAGUCUGGUAGGAGAGGAAUGGACAGUCAUUGCCAUUGGUUUCACUGGGAAGGGAGAGCAUUUCUAAAAAUACCACAGAAAAUGGUGUUCAUUGUUGUUUCAUUUGCAGUUGUGGUGUUCUGGCCUUUUUCAGUGAGGAGCUGGAGCUCUGAGAUUCAUCCUGUGGGUUUAGUCAGCUCUUAUGCUAAUUCCUCAGGUGUGCAAAGGGUCAAACCAGAGCCCUUCCUCUUAGUGUGGGCCAUAACAGUAACAAAUUUGGAAGUAAUCUGUCAGGAUAACACAAUUGCCUUUCAUUAAACUGCAGCAAUUUCUACUCAGUAAUUGUUGGCUGCACAAGUGCAGAAGCUAAUGCACACAAUAAUAAUAUAUUUUAUGUAAGCAUGUGCAUACAGAAGGAAUUGUGUGGUGAUAAGGGUGUUCUAAAUGAGAGGCUGGUGUUGAAUUCUGCUGCCUUUGCUGUUCCAGACUGACUGUCUGAUGCUGUGUCAUUUGUUGAACUUUGCUAUCACGUUUCCCCAUUUGCUAUGUGAAGAAAAAAGCCUUGGGGCCCAUUAAUUGAUAGCUAAAAUACAUAGUACUGUUUUGUCCAUUUCUACAGAUGCCUUACAGACAAACCUUUCUUUGUACCUGCUUAAAGGCAAGAUAUGAUUAGGAACAACUUCGAAAUUUUCAGUCUUCAGCAUGGAAAUGUGCAGUAGGAUUUCGAUUUUCCUAACAAAGGCAUUGUUUGAACUUUGUGUGUACUGCAGGAUAAAAAAUAUGGGUACAAAAUGGCAGAGAAACCCAUCCCAACAACUGGCAAUCAUUGUCUUAUCCCUAGCCUGUUCAUCUGGUAUAUAUUGUAGCAUAAUUCUUCCAGGAGAACUCCAAGCUAACAGCAGAAAUGUUUAGAUUUUCAAGCUGUUUUGAGUGUAUUAGAUAUCUGAGGAGACAUUCGUUUGUGGCCUGAUAUUUAUUAUCACAAAUGAAGGCAUACACCCAAAAUACCAAGUGGCAAAACCACAGAAGUUUGACAUAUGGUUAUCCCAGCUUCUGAAGGCUUGACGUCUGUACAGCUGUGCACUGAGAGUCACCAUCUCACCAGUGCAGUGCAGAAACGUGCUGCAAUGGGGCUUGAGCCCAUGGAACAGCAUAACAUUCUAACCUGGCACUGCUCUCUCUCUCUACAGAGUUCAGCUGCUUUCUGUGGAAAAAUGACAUCAGCACCCUUAAAUCUGCAGUUGUUCUCUAGUUUCAUAUCAGCAGUUUCUUUCCAUAAUCAAACUUCUGGAAAAUAAUCUUAAGUUUUCCUUAGGAACUGUGACAUCAUGAGGUGAUUAUUAAAAAUUUCAGAAUGCUUUCCAAAUAA